AUGUUCGUCCUCUACCUUGACAUGGAGGGUGCACCAGACUUCAUCGUGCACAGCCGGCUGCUCUGGCAUGGCGCCGUCAUCAAGCCUGCUGGUAAAAUUUCUACAGCUGAGAACCUCGGCAUGUGCAAUAGGUGGAUGGACAAGCCGCUGCAAUCUGUCGUCGUGGAUGAUGGCAAGGCAGGCUUUGUUGGUGAGCACUCUAUCAUGGAUGGCACGCUGACUGUCUCGCUGUGCGACUGCAUGCUGAACACGAUUGCCACGCCCAGGUUUGCGUCCUCCACAUCCACAUCCGUCACGUCACCCAUGGCAACACCUACACCGCUGGACUGGCACAUCUCUGCGAAGACACAGAGGGGGAUCGUCCACAUGGCGGGCUACAUUUUUGGGGCUGACUGCAACACUGAGCAUGGAGUGCACACAAUGGCGAGAGGUGAAGGGGGAGGAACGUAUGAGGCGGCAUCAACGCAGCAGUUUUUAGAGGGCCAGACAGAGGCGAUUAGGGUCAUGUCAUGGGAGGCAGACGAGUGGGUUGAGAGUAUGGAUGAUGUGAGGGUGGGUGUGAGGGAGAGGGAAGAGCUGUUUGGGAGGGUGGUGGAGGUGCAUGGGCAGAUGGCGAGGAUGGCUGGGAAGGGUCGAGGGGUUGAUCGUCAUUUGCUUGGUUUAAAGAAGGCAGAGAUGGCAAAUGAACAGUUCUGUGAGGAGCUGAAGCGCGCAGCACAGGAUAUGUUUGAUUUGCAUGCAGUGUUGGCGAAGGAGAAGGCGGCGGAGCUGGUGAAGGCGAGGUUUGAUUAA